AUGGCUGCGCUACUGCCUCAUCGCGCUGGGGACCCGUACCACGGGCAUCCAUCUUUCGUGUGCUAUGGUGCGUACGACUUCGACCUCGAGCUUGGCGACUACUCUCAGCACCAGCAUGGCUGCGCUCCUGCCUCAUUGCGCUGGGGACCCGUACCACGGACAUCCAUCUUUCGUAUGCUAUGUCUCUGCUCGAUCUGCUUGCCAGCCUAG